UCUCGCGAAACAAAUCCGAGUCCAACUAUUACUCGCCUUUUCCUUUCCCCUCCAUAUAUAAUGACCUCUCCUCUCUCCACCAUCAUCUUUAUUCCUCUCUCUCGAUCUCUCAAUCUCUCUCUCUCCCUCGAUCUCUCUGCGACUACCACGGUUUUCGAAUUCGCAUCGAUCGAUCGCUCUUUGAAGAAGUCGAGACAUGGCAGGAAUGGCACCAGAAGGAUCUCAAUUUGAUGCACGGCAAUAUGACACCAGAAUGAAUGAGCUGCUUACACAAGAUGGGCAAGAUUUCUUUACAUCAUACGACGAAGUCCAUGAAACUUUUGAUGUUAUGGGCCUCCAAGAGAACCUCUUGAGGGGCAUAUAUGCAUAUGGUUUUGAAAAGCCUUCGGCAAUCCAGCAAAGAGGAAUUGUCCCUUUCUGCAAAGGACUCGAUGUUAUCCAGCAAGCGCAAUCUGGGACGGGAAAGACCGCAACAUUCUGUUCUGGAAUUCUGCAGCAACUCGACUACGGGUUGGUGCAGUGCCAAGCUCUGGUGCUUGCUCCAACAAGAGAAUUAGCACAGCAAAUAGAGAAGGUUAUGCGAGCACUUGGUGACUAUCUUGGUGUGAAAGUUCAUGCUUGUGUGGGAGGAACUAUUGUACGGGAGGAUCAACGUAUUCUUUCGAGUGGGGUUCACGUUGUUGUGGGCACACCUGGUCGUGUGUUUGACAUGCUACGAAGGCAAUCCCUCCGCCCUGACUACAUUAAGAUGUUUGUGUUGGAUGAAGCAGAUGAAAUGCUUUCGCGUGGCUUCAAGGAUCAGAUCUACGACAUCUUCCAGCUCCUUCCACCCAAAAUCCAGGUCGGGGUCUUCUCUGCUACAAUGCCUCCUGAGGCCCUCGAGAUCACCCGCAAGUUCAUGAACAAACCCGUGAGAAUUCUAGUGAAGCGAGAUGAGCUUACUUUGGAAGGUAUAAAGCAAUUCUACGUCAAUGUCGAGAAAGAAGAGUGGAAACUUGAAACCCUCUGUGACCUCUACGAAACCCUUGCUAUCACACAGAGCGUCAUCUUCGUCAACACACGCCGCAAGGUUGACUGGUUGACCGACAAAAUGAGGAGCAGAGACCACACAGUCUCGGCCACCCACGGCGACAUGGACCAGAACACGAGAGACAUUAUAAUGCGGGAGUUUAGGUCGGGUUCCUCUCGCGUGCUAAUCACCACCGACCUUCUUGCUCGCGGCAUUGAUGUGCAGCAGGUUUCGCUCGUGAUAAAUUAUGAUCUGCCGACCCAGCCGGAGAACUACUUGCAUCGUAUAGGGCGAAGUGGGCGGUUCGGAAGGAAGGGCGUGGCGAUCAACUUUGUCACGCGUGACGAUGAGAGAAUGCUGUUUGAUAUUCAGAGGUUUUACAACGUGGUGGUCGAGGAGUUGCCCGCAAAUGUUGCUGACCUCCUCUAAGUGGUAUCUCUUGUCUCAGUACCAUUUGGCUUGUAAUUUUAUAUGGUAGUAUUAGGUAUUUAAUAAUUUUGUCAAACUUUGGGUCUGGGUAUGUGGCGAUGCGGACUAGAAAUAUAGUAUUUUUGAGUGGAAAUUUACUGCAUUCGUUCGCGAUUGUGGUGACUCAAACGUAUAUUGGUUUAUUUACAUUUCCAAAUUCUGUAACUGCUUGGCUUGACUUCUCAGUUGUGUCUUCGUGCUCUUUGUAGUGGGAAGGGGUACUUGAAUUUUGGGCCUUUGUGCUCUUUGUUCUUGAUGUAAUAAAUGGAAGGGCGAUAUUGUUCUUUACUAUUUA